AUGUUAAUUGGAACUAUUCAAAAACUCUCUUUAAGUUCACCUUCAUCAAAUGUUAUGAUUAACACACAACACUCUCAAGGUGCGAAUACUCUCCAAAGUGACAAUCAAUUGGAGGGUUGGGUUGGAGGUUACUAUUACCGACACCAAGGUCAUUAUUUCUCUGCAACUGUAAACUAUGCUCCAAGAUGGUAUAAUUAA